AUGGUUGAGAAGAUUCUAGAGUUGUUUCCGUUGGCUAUUCACGACAUGAAUGAUGAGAAAAAGAAUGUUGUGUUAUCGGCAGUGGAGAACAGGCAGUCCCGAAUUUUAGAAGCAUUGAACACAAACAAUCAGUGGAAACACCUCAUUCAGUCAAUUGAUAUUGAUGGCAAUAAUGUAUUGCACUUAGUUGCAAAGUACGAAUUGCAGAUUCUGGGCUAUACUGCUAUAGUGCCAUGCAAAUGCAAGAUGAAAUCGAGUGGUAUGAGUUCACAUUCCUUAAAAACAAAGAAGGAAAAACUCCGGAAGAAGUCUUCCUCAGAAAUCAUCCGGAACUUGUUGAAAAGAGUGAUGAAUGGCUUGGUCGUACGUCUGAAUCUUGCUCAGUGGUGGCUGCGCUGGUUGCCGGAGUUGCCUUUGCGACAUCAAGCAAUAUACCCGGUGGCAAUGAUGAUAAGACUGGCAAGCCAACCUGGUGGGUUUGAUACUUUCGCUAUCACUGCACUUAUUGCGCUCUGCUUCUCUGUCACUGCGUUGAUCAUUUUUCUUUCCAUACUCACCUAUCGCAAACAACCCGCUGAUUUUAUGAAAAGAUUGCCGGUGAAGCUUUUUCUGGCCUUAAGCUCGCUUUUUCUGUCCAUUUUCUCAAUGUUCAUCUCUUUCUGCGCCGCACAUUCCUUUGUGCUUGAGGACAAGUUCAAGAAAUCAGUGCUUCUUCUUUAUAUUAUCAUUUGUCUUCCUGUUUACUUCACAAUUGUAGAAUUUCCACUCUACAUGGAUCUUGUCAAAGCCAUUUUUGUGGAAGUUCCGCGUCCAUACAAUCGAAAACGUAUUUAG